AUGCCAGAGGCUGGGGAGGCCACCCUUCCUGGGCCGGGUCCGCGGCGAAGCCCCUCCAGACGAUGGGACUUUCAAGCAGGUAGAGUCCCCUGCAGAGUCUGCAAUCCCAACCCCUACCCAAUCGAAUUACCACAACGGCAGGCACUGACCAGAGUGACAGAGGUUGCCGCCACAGAUGUGCAGGCAGAACAAAAAUUUGUGUUGAACCAGAUCUCCCCAGACGUGGUCGAGGUAGCUGUAAGACGCGUGGGGGUAACGGAUGACGAAUUGGACCCUUCCCAUCCGGUGCUUGACCUACCGGGUGAUGGUGAGACCGCUGACCAACAGGAGCGCUUGGAUGAACUCCUGAGGAAAUGGAGGGAGGUCUUUUCUUACCACGAUGAAGACUUUGGGUUUCACAUGAAUUGUGAAGCAUCGGAUACCAACAACCUUAGCAGUCCUGAGCCGAGAACGCUACCAUCCUGUCCCACCAACGCUGUACCAGGAGCUACAGACUCUUAA